AUGCUCCAGUUCUUCCAUUUUGUCAUAUUCACCCUCGUUUCUGUCCUAUCACGCGAUGCUGCUGGUAUUGCCCUCGAUGUUGAUGACACAGAUUCCAUCCUUGAGGCGGCGUCCUUGGCCGCUCAGGGUGUAAUAGACCUGUACAAUGGCAACCAGACCGGGGGGGUUCUGGGAAAAUGGCCCUUUCCACCGUACUACUGGUGGGAAAGUGGCGGUGCAUGGGGUGGGCUGAUGGAAUAUUGGCAUUAUACAGGCGACAACAGCUAUGUCAAUGUUACGCAACAAGGCCUCAUGGCUCAACUUGGUCCUAAAUAUGACUUCAACGUUCCUGCCGAAGCCUUCGACACUGGAAACGACGACCAAGCUUUCUGGGUCUUUGUGGCCAUGUCCGCGGCCGAAUACUCCUUCCCCCAGUUGCCUGCGCCCUAUCCAUCCUGGCUCCAGAUUGUCAACAACGCCUGGGAAGACUAUGUUGCUCGCUGGAAUACUUCUCGGUGCAACGGGGGUCUGAAAUGGCAGUUCAAUCCUGCGAACGCAGGCUACUACUACAAGAACAGCGUCGCUAACGGCGCGUUCUUCCAGCUCUCGGCAAGAUUGGCAAGAUUUACAGGCAACCAAACAUAUGUGCACUGGGCAGACACAAUCUGGAAUUGGGCGUCAGGAAUUGGCUUGGUAGACAGCAUCUACAACGUCUUUGACGGUUCUGAUGAGACCAUCAAUUGCACCGGCGUUGACCACCAUCAGUGGACCUACAACGUCGGCGUUUUCCUCUAUGGGGCGGCCGUGCUGCAGAACUAUACCAACGGAUCCUCGCCGUGGAUCGAACGGACCGCUGGCCUGCUUGACUCAACCAACACCUUCAUCGGUCCUUUCCGGAAUGCAUCCAAUAUCUUGUUCGAGGCGGAAUGCGAGCUCUCCAUGACCUGCAAUGUUGACCAGCUGUCAAUGAAGGCCUAUCUUGUUCGGUGGAUGGCAGCAACGUCGAAAAUGGCGCCUUUCUCGGCAGGUCGAAUUGGUCAAGUUCUUCGAGCUUCCGCCCAAGGCGCAGCAGCAGCAUGCACGGCAGGUGCGAACAACAAUACCUGUGGAAGCAAAUGGUACAUCGAUGGGUGGGAUGGGACAGCUGGACUGGGUCAGCAGCUCUCAGCGAUGGAGGUCAUGUACUCUUUGUUGGUCAACCAAACCAAUCCACCCGCUACCUACCCCAAUGUCCAGAUCCUCCCUGCUCCACCAUCACCAACGUUAUCCUCCUCUGCCACCAAAGGUCUUCCUACGGCCAGUGGCAUUGCUCGCCCGCUUCACGAUGGGGCGGCAAUCCCUCAAUCCAAGGCCCAGAAUAAGAUUCGGCCUCUUGUCGCAGCUUUUUUCACCUCACUGGCAGUCAUGUGA